AUGCCUGAUAUUAACGAAGAUAAUGAUGCGACGCCUAUAAACACUUCUCGUCCUUUUACCAUAUAUAACUCUCUUAAAAACGAUGAUUUGUCAUCUUCUUGCCCUCAAUAUAAUAAUAAGGCAGAAUAUUUAGAAGGGGCAAUCCAAUCAUCUGGAGAUUCAACAUUACCAACAUGUGGACAUCCUAAACACGACGAAUAUGCCAAAGUUGUUGGUAAGAUUUAUAAAGGUCAUCCUAAAAAAACAACAACUAAAUUUAUUGGAUUGCCAAAAAGAUUAGAAGCAUGUUUGAAUAUUGAUAGGGGAACUUUGAUGUGCACAAGAUGCAUCCUUCAAACUGAUAAAGAUUCUGAGAAAACUAGUGAUAGAGUUGAAGAAGCUGCAUAUGUAGAAGAGGAUAUAUUAAAUGGUAUUAUAAGAAAUCAUAGUAAUUAUCAUAGAUUUAGUAUUGGUGAAGAUGAUACUGUAAUUGGUUUUGAUGAUAAUGAACUUCUUUUGGAAGAAAAAAAUUAUCGUUCAGACAUAAGCGAUCUCGAUCCACUCGAAAACUCUCCAAUUCCUAUGGUUGCUGCGGCCGUUAGUACAAAAGAUGAUCCAACACUACAACCAAUAACGUUUCGUUUUUGGGCUCUUAGUACGUUUUUCACGAUUCUUGGUGCAGCGAUAUCCCAGUUUUACUACUUUCGUUCAAACGGUGGUACUUACUCCGUAUUCUUCGUAUUGUUGGUAUCUCAUGUUUUUGGUAAAUGGAUGGCUGAUGUUUUACCAACAAAACAAUACCAAAUAUUUAAAUGGAAAUUUUCGCUCAAUCCUGGUCCAUUCAAUAUAAAGGAACAUGUUUGUAUAGCAGUAGCUUCUGCUGCAGGAGGUGGUACAGCAUAUGGAACAGAUAUUAUUGCUAUACAACAAUUAUUUUAUGGUGAAAAUGCUAAUUUUUUAAUGGGAAUCUCGCUAUUAUUGAGCACUCAGAUGAUUGGUUAUGGGUUAGCAGGAUUUUUAAGAAAAUUUCUUGUUCGUCCAGCUAAUAUGUUGUGGCCAUCAAAUUUGGUAUUUGCCAGUCUAUUCACAACAUUACAUGGAAACGCCAAGGACACAAGAGACAAAUUAAGAUUCUUUUAUAUAGCUUUCACCCUAGUAUUCAUUUGGCAAUUUCUUCCACAGUACAUGUUCACAUUGCUUACCAGUAUAUCUGUGUUGUGCUUAAUCGUACCGAUGAAUGAAAAUAUAGUCAGAUUUGGUAGUGGGUAUCGAGGAUUAGGCUUUUUGACUUUUUCGUUAGAUUGGAAUUCUAUUGGACAAUCGGGUCCUUUAUACACUCCCUGGUGGGCACAGAUUAAUUAUUUUGCUGGUGUAUUAUUAAGUGCGUGGGUCAUUACUCCAUUAUUGUGGUAUUAUAAUGUAUUGGAUGCACGAAGAUUUCCAUUAUUGGCAACAUACUCUUUAAAUAAAAAUGGGGAAAGAUAUAAUCAAACAGCAAUAUUAAAUCAAGAAGAUAAUUCUUUAAAUGAAGAGGCUUAUAACUCUUAUGGACCUGUGUUUUUGAGUCUCACAUUUGCCUUUGGAUAUCUCUAUUCUUUUAUAGGUUUCUCAUCAGCUAUUAGUCAUGUUAUGUUAUUUUAUGGAAAUGAGAUUUGGAGUAGGUUCAGGGCUAGUAGGCAUGAGGGUGAUGAUAUUCAUUAUAGAAUGUUGAAGAGGUAUGAAGAUAUACCAAAUUUAUGGUAUGCUUCUAUAUUUGUAACGAUGUUGUCAAUUGCAAUCACGCUUUGUUACGUGUCUGGAUCAGAUUUGCCGUGGUGGGGACUGUUAUUAGCUGUAGCCCUUGCUUGUGUUAUAGUACUACCAAUAGGAGUAAUUCAGGCAAUAUCAAAUAAUCAAGUUGGUCUUAAUGUUAUAUCUGAAAUGAUUUGCGGGUACAUAUUUCCGGGAAGACCAAUUGCCAAUCUUAUUUUGGAUGCAAAACGUAUGUUUUUGGAUGGCACUUCUCGUGAUCCGACUGGUCAAUGGACCGGUUAUCGAUCUCAAGUUUUUAAUACUGCUUCGAUUGUGUGGGGGUUAGUUGGACCUGCUAGAACUUUUGGAAAUGACUCAAUGUAUCAUUUUCUGUUAUGGGGUUUCCCAAUAGGAUUUCUAUUACCAUUUCCAAUCUACUUUCUACAUAAAAAAUUUCCAAAUGCAAAAUUUCAUCUAAUCACUUUACCUUUGAUUUCUCAUGGUAUGAGUGCAAUACCUGGUACAUAUACCAAUUUCAUAACUAUGGGGCUUAUAGCUAGUUUCUUGAGUCAAUUUUGGGCUUAUAGGUAUCAUCAUAAGUGGUGGGCAAAAUAUAAUUACGUAUUAUCAGCUUCAUUGGAUAGUGGAUCACAAAUUGUUACAAUGGUGAUUUUCUUUUUAUUAAGUGGUGUGCUUAAUGUAAGUAUCCAGUCAGUCGCCAAUAUCAUUAGUCCAACUUGGAUCACAUCAUGCUAA